AUGGUCGUGCAAGGAAUAAGGAAGGCCACAGUCGGCCAGAAUGGCGUCGGAGCCUUCAUCCUGCAAUGCAAACGCCUCGAUUUCCAUUACUGCGACUGGGCCGGUAGCUCUAAAGGCAUGAAUUCCUUCCUCCGCAACAGCCUCACCAAAUUCGCAGCCCUGAACCCACAAGUCGAAAUCACCGUCUCGCCGCGACCGCGCCGACACCCGGUCAUUAAAGGAACGUACAUCAACGGGCGCGAAAAGGCGAUCUGUGUACGCAACUUGACGAAAGAGCAGGUGCUGCAGAAGGCGGAGCUGUUGAGGGAUGCGAAUGGGGAGAAGUUGAAGAAGGUUACGAAGCCUGUCAAGAGUAUCAAUGAGAGUGUGAGAGGUGUGUGGAGUCCUUAUCACGAUGGCGGCAUACAUGUUUGA